GAUCCAAAACACGAGAUGCGCGGGGUUGCAGCGGCGCGUCAGUCUAGCGGCGGCCGUCGCGCGGGGCGGACGUCGCGAUGUGAGAUCGUGCCGGCCGCAGCCAUGACCGAGGGGGCGGGCAGGCCUAGGCCCGCGCCGCCCCGGAAGCCCGACUCGCUAGCGUUGAGUUGGCCGCGCUGGGACGAUCCUCCGCCUCCGGCCCCGGAGCAAAACAAGCCCGGACCGUCGCCUCUGAACGACGAUUUCGGCGGCUUCUGUCCAUAUACACCUCCGAACCCUAUCGUGACCGAGACUGUGUCGCGUCGCAGGCCGCCGCCGCCUCGGCGGCCGCAUAGUGUUGUUUCUCCGCGUCCGUUGAAGCAAUUAGCGACUAGGCCUCACUCUAUAGGUGCUAUCGAGGAUGACUGGCCGUCGGUACCGCUGCUGCAGCCGGUGCCGCGGCGGCCGCGGCCGGCGUCCAGCUUAUCGACGCUGCCGCGUGCCUACAAUAUACCUUCGUCGAGGAGUGACUAUCAGUUACAACGGCCGGCAAUUAUGACGAAUGGUUACGGCGCGGUGCCGCCGGCGACGUCACGGCGGUUAUCGCUGCCGGGGCAGCCUGCUCAGGCCCCGCCAAAGCCCUCCGCUACGUUCCAUGGGCUGGCGGCUCUCAUGGGGCCGUAUCCGGCCCUUGGAACUCCGGGAACCCCGAGCACCCCGGCGGCGGUGCGUGAAGCUGUCCGCCACCUGCUCAUGCAGCCGCGCAACGGCUUCCCAAUCAUGGACCACAAGCUCUCCCUCUUCAUCGAGAUUCUCGACGCUCAGGAGAAAUUCUCGCAGGACCUCCAAUCGGAGAUCGAGACCCACCGCGAUGUGUACGCGUCGCUCACCGGCACCGGCCGGCGGCUGCUCGGCUCCCUAUCCUCGCAGGAGGACGCCGUCAUGCUGCAGCGAAGGCUGGAUGAGAUGAACCAGCGAUGGCACCAUCUCAAGGCCAAGAGUAUGGCUAUCAGAAACCGUCUGGAGAGCAACGCUGAGCACUGGUCCGCGUUACUGCUGUCACUGCGCGAGCUGACCGAGUGGGUUAUCCGCAAGGAGACCGAACUGGGUGCGCUUGCGCCGCCGCGCGGGGAUCUUGCACAGGUCCUUAAACAACAGGACGACCACCGCGCGUUCCGAAGGCAGCUGGAAGACAAACGACCAGUUGUAGAGAGCAACCUGCUCAGCGGCCGACAGUACAUCGCCAACGAGCCUCCUCUCUCUGAUACCAGUGACACUGAACCGAGCCGUGACAGCGAAGGUGACUCGCGCAACUACCGCUCGGCCGAAGAGCAAGCGCGCGAUCUGGCUCGCUCGAUCCGACGAGAAGUAGCCAAGUUGGAGAGCAAGUGGAACUCGCUCGUGGACCGGUCUGAUGCCUGGGGACGGUGUUUGGAUGAUGCUGUACAGCGCGUCCGCACGUUCACAUCAUCCCUCGACGAGCUAACCGGGCGCGUGCAAGCCGCUGAAACCGCGCGCUCAUCAUGGCGCGGGCCCGGAGACGCGCGCGACGCACGCGCACAGCUCGACGCGGUGUCGCGUGCUCGUGCGCAGCUCCCGCCUCUGAGGAGACUGGCGGAUGAACUGCAAGGGCAGUUACAAGCGCUGGCGAGGGACAAGAUACAGAUACCGGAGCAGCUGGUGGCUAGGCUCGAUGAUUUAAAUACUAGGGUCGGCGCUCUCUGCGCCGGUGGCGAAGAACGAGCUAGACAACUUGCUGGUGUAGCAAGAGACGGAGGUGCGGGCGCGGCGCAGGGCUUCCUCGCCGGCUCGGUGGAGCAGCCCUGGGAGCGCGCCGUUACUCCAAACAACGUACCUUAUUACAUCAACCACGAACUCGAGACGACCCACUGGGACCACCCGAAGAUGAUCGACUUGAUGAACUCCCUCGCGGACCUGAACGAGGUCCGGUUUUCCGCGUACCGGACCGCGCUCAAGCUGAGGACCGUGCAGAAGGCUUUAUGCAUGCACAUGUUACAACUGCCAGCGGCACUGGAAGCUUUUGACUCUCACGGGCUGCGUGCGCAAAACGACCGCCUCAUCGACAUACCGGACAUGAUCACUGUGCUCACAUCUCUGUAUGAGGUGAUAGCCGCCGAAAACCCCAGCCUAGUAAACGUACCCCUCUGCCUAGACCUGUCUAUCAACUGGUUGCUCAAUGUGUACGACAGCCAGCGGACCGGACAGAUCAGAGUGCUGAGCUUCAAAGUUGGCCUGGUGCUGCUUUGCAAGGGGCAUCUUGAGGAGAAGUAUAGGUAUCUCUUCCGGCUGAUAGCUGACCCUUCGUGCAGAGCAGACCAGAGGAAGCUUGGAUUACUACUGCACGACUGCAUACAGGUACCAAGGCAACUGGGAGAGGUGGCUGCUUUUGGAGGCUCAAACAUCGAGCCUUCUGUACGGAGCUGCUUUGAACAGGCCUCAGUAGCGGCUAAGGAGGGAAACAAAGGCGGCACCCUAGAUAGGAAGGGAGCAACAGAAAAAGACAAAGAAAAAGAAGAUGUCAAAGAAAAGACCCUAGAACGCGACGCCGACGGACAGCUGCAGUUCAUAGAAGCCUUCCACUUCCUGCAGUGGCUGCAGAAGGAGCCGCAGUCCAUGGUGUGGCUGCCGGUGCUGCAUCGGCUGGCGGCCGCCGAGAACGCCAAGCAUCAGGCCAAGUGUAACAUCUGCAAGGAGUACCCGAUACAAGGCUUUAGAUAUCGCUGCCUGAAAUGCUUUAACUUCGACAUGUGCCAGAAAUGCUUCUUCAGCGGGCGCAAAGCGAAGAACCACAAGCUCACGCAUCCCAUGCAGGAGUACUGCACGGCGACGACAUCAGGCGAAGAUGUGCGAGAUUUCACGCGCGCGCUCCGCAACAAGUUCAAAUCGGCUCGCUACUUCAAGAAACACCCGCGGGUUGGAUACUUGCCCGUUCAGACUGUGCUUGAAGGCGACGCGCUGGAGUCCCCCGCGCCGUCGCCGCAGCACGGCGCCGGCGCCAACCUCGGCGGCGACGACAUGCACUCCCGGCUCGAGCUCUACGCCACGCGGCUGGCUCAGGUCGAGCUGGGCUCCAGACCUGCUGAUACUCCUGACAGCGAUGAGGAACAUCAGCUGAUCGCCCAAUACUGUCACUCGCUCAACGGCGGUGGCGAGAACGAAGACGCUCCACGAUCACCCGUGCAAGUCGUCUCUAUCAUACAUCGUGAGCAGCGACACGAACUGGAGGCCAUGAUCAGGGAGCUGGAAGAAGAAAACGCGAGCCUGCAGGCAGAGUACGAGCGGCUGAAGGCCAAGCAGACCCCAGGGUCCACGCCAGAAGAGCAGCACGGUGUUAGCGACAACAGGAAUGCUCCGGUCGAUCAGGACAUGAUGGCAGAAGCCCGCCUGCUCCGCCAACACAAAGGCCGUUUGGAAGCUCGCAUGCAGAUCCUGGAGGAGCACAACAGACAGCUUGAAGCGCAGUUGCAGCGCCUACGUCGUCUGCUCGAUGAGCCUACUGUGGGGUCCCCGCCGGCGCGCACAGGCGCGGGCACGGGCACGCUGCAGACUCGCGCCGUGACGGCCUCGCAGCUCGCCACCGACUCGCCCGCCAAGAUGCACAACGGCCUCUACCACGACUCGCAGACCAAUGACCUUGGGCGCGCCGUCGAAGAACUAGUAUCUGUCAUGUCAGAGGAGCAGACAGAGAGCACUGCACCUCCCCAAUACUCCAACGGCAAACCUCCCAAAGAAAAAUAAGGAACACGACCCGCGCAAAUAAGGGACACGGACCGCGCUCCGAGUUGCCAGCUUUUAAAAAUAUUACGGUGGCCAGGUUCACCGCUUUAUUCCGCUCUGGUAACACUGUUGUAAUAAUACUUGCUGCAAUGGUAAUGCUUAUACUUUGUUCACCAAAUUUUUUGCGUUGAUGCGCGAUUUAUUUUGGACGUGAAAUUGACGCGCUCUUGCUUGGUUUGGAGAGGUGAAAGGUACCUAUUACUAACUUUCGACUCAUCACUAACCUGCACAUGCUAUGCUACUUUAUUUAAGUGUCUAACAUUCCAUUGCCAUCUACUAAUAGCGAUCGAACGGUACUUCAUCAAAUUCUUGUACUACGGUAUAAGUUAGGUCAGGAAGGUCUAUGAGCUAUAUAACUAAUUGUUAUCACCAGAGGUUUGCGAGGCAGGAAAAUGUCAUCCUUUUCUAAUCAUUGGAAUUGGAGAAGGACGCAUGAUGUUAACGAAAAUUUUCUGUUAACUACCUCAAGUUUAGUUUAUAGCAGCUCAGUUCGAUUAAGACGAUUAUCGUAUGCAACGCUUAUUGUACGGAUAAGGGCAUGCCAUUGUUGCAGUACAAAUCGUGUUGAGUCAUUCUAUUCUUUAUCUACUAUUUUUAUAUAGCAACACAAAAUUUUCUACUAUUUUUUUAUUCUUAUGCGGCAAUACCAACAGUGUUGCCAGAGCGAAGCGCAACGAAAAAGACAAGUAACGAGCAUUUAUACUGUAAUGUUGUACCAAAUUUGUGGAUACUUGAUAAACUUAUCGAUACAUUUAUUAAUUGUUUAAGUACAUAUCUUGUUAGUACAAUCUCCAUUAUCAUAUCACUUCUUGUAAAUUUCCAUAUCAUUUGCUGUGUAUAAAGAAAACUGGCACGUAUGACGAAAACUUAAAAGUCCAUCGUUUCGUUGUGACGUCACGAUGAACAGCUUAGAAGGGGCUGAAAGCUUUAAUAGAAUCACAAUUUAGCUUUAAACUACCCUGUUUUGAGACGAUUUAUCAUAAAUCUGGCCGAAAACGAGCCCAUUGUGGCCGAUUAGUGGAAAAUGUAUUGUUAUAUUAGAUAGAAAUCUCUGUUCUUGAGCGUACAAUAUAUGCCAAGUGGCCGUAGUUAUGAUUCGUUUCAGUUCGCUAGUAGUUGUAAUCGUAGCCAAACAAUAUCAGCAUUAUUAUGGUCUCUGUACGAUAAGCCAUGGUGGUUUACUGACUCCUACAUUGACCUAAAUAUCACUGGUAAACAGUGAUAAAUCGCCAUGGCCUAUAGUGCAAGCCACUAUAUGCAUGUAUGUUAUAUAAACACGUUAACGAAUGAAUAUAAUAUUAUUAGAUGAAAACUAAUUGCGCAGCUUCACGCAAUUUAAUCGUACGAUGGUUCACUUCUCUACAUAACUGUACCUCGGACUGUCUAACUCUUCUUAGCGACUAUAACUACUAAUAUAUGUAUCCAACUUUUUCACUAUACCUAACCUCAACGGUAGGCCACGUUUUUACCUAUUGUAUGAGACCGUUUUGUAUGUCCCAUUCCGAUAUUCGGAUUUGUAACGUGUCUAGUAAGAUGCCUACCUUUUAGAUAAGAAUAUAUUGGAGAGAUGACUUUUAUACGAAUGUUGAGUAUAUCUGUUGACGCUAUUUUUUACAAUAAGGACUUCCGAUUUAACCAUAUCACGGUUUAUUCAUUUUUUUUAGCGUGAAUUGGAAUUCUGAAUGUCAGUUUUGCGUCCCAGCGUUUUUGCCGCUGGCAACAUUACGGGAUUCCACUUCGCGCGACCGUUACGUUUAAAUUUAUUAAAAAUAAUUUGGCUAAUAUAGUAUCUAAGGAAAAGCACAAUUAAAUAUUAUUUUAACGAAAUGAAAGUAAAUUUACACUAAUAUAUUGUUAAUAAUUUUAUUAUAUUUGUAUUGAUUUAUGUAGAAUGGAGGUUUUGUUUCGAAACUAAUUAUAUUUUAACUUUUGGCAACUAUAUAAAAUAUUCUUCUUCCGCAUUUAUUUGUGUUUAUAAUGUUUUAGGAGUUAAAUAAAUCCAAAUAAACAUUCGGCAUAGUAUA